AGGAAAUCAGUCAGUUAAUAAUAAAACACCUCUCCUAUGUGGACUCCUGGAGGCAAAAGUUUUCUUUCUUCUCUUUGACUGAUGUGUUUGUCUACGUUUUGCUUAAAGCUGAUAAAAAAUAAUUCUGCCUGAAUCAGACAAUGAAUCGGAUCAAACUUUGCUUGCAAGGAUUUAUCUUCAGCAUGAAUCCUUGUGGCAAGGGAGAAAGAAACCAACAUCCCGUUGGCAGCGCUGGUUUACCCUGUUCUUGCCACCAGCUGAAAGCAUCUCUUACUGAGCAGAACAGCUCUGGGGAGAAACCCAUCAGGGUCAAACGCCGCAGAACCAGACGGGAGCGCAACGAUGUCAAAUUCGGCAGGAAUGGUACUGACAGUGUCCUGGAGCAGAGGCCCAGCUACAAGGGGCUACAAAAGGCAUUGCCCCCUUUCUGGAGUUCUCAGCUGACCCACUGUGCCAAGCCAGCCUCCUUCAAAGGGAUCAGUGGCACGAAACGCGUGAUUAUAACCCAGAACAGACUCUCUCAGCACUUGGGCAUGUUUAAUAAGGAGGUGAAAUCUGUUAACAUAGAGAGGUUGCUGAACCCGGGAUGCAAGCAAGAUUUUGUGGAGGCAUCCCCAUUACGAAGAGACAGCGGGGUGGACAUGCAGGUGGAGGAAGAGAGCCAGGUUGCUAAAUCCACUGGCUCUGAUCGGAUAUCUGUUCCCUGUGAGCAGCUGGGAUCCAGUGGAAGUAAUCUCUGUGGGACGAAUGAGGAUUCUCUUCCUGUAGUCGUACCCGCUGUCUCUGCAGUGGUUACAGAACAGUGUUCCACAACUCUUGUAGAUGCGACGGAUCCCAGAACCCAGUCUUUGGUUGCACCUGCUGUUGAAGAGGUGAAUCACCAGUCAGAUGCUGAUCCUUGCCAGAGCAAUGCCACGGUGGUUGCAAAUGAAAAGGAGAAUGUCCCUCCUGCCUCCCCGGCAGGAUCCAAGUCCCACAAUGCCAAAUCUCUCGCCAGGGAACUGGCUCAUGACCUGGAAAAGCGUCUCAACCUGGAGGCGAUCUUCCCCGGGCGCAACUUAAUCAACGAGACGCGUCAGGCUAUCAUCAGCACCCUUUUAGAGCAGAAGCGAAAGUUACCUGAUGUUUCCGUUUGGGCACGGUGCAAGAAGUUAGCAGGCAGUUCUAAGGGUGGAGCUGUCCAGGCAGAUUUCAGGACCCCAGCCGGAAGGGACCAAGAAUCAAAAUCCAGUGGCAGCAGCUGGAACUCCAGUCAGGGCAUUUUUCCAAAAAAGAAGAGAAGUCGAGAUCUGUUCUUCCUUACCAGCCCCAUCCUUCCCAGUCUUGCACAAACAGCUGUAAGAACGGGUGAAGAGAGACCGUCCCCGGGAGAAGACAUGGACUUCUUUGUGGAGCCGGAUAGAAUUAACCAGCAGAGCUUUGGCUUGGCAGCUGUCCAGCCCCACCCUCGUAGUCCAUUUUCCCAACAUGCGAAUUCAACCGCACAAAGCUCCCUCGCUCCAGAGAGACAUCCUCUGUGGGAGACUUUGCUCAAAACCACGUGGCCCUGGGAUCAAGGGCUGAGAGAUGUUCCCCGGCAGCCCAGAAGCAGACAAGAGAGGGCCGAGGUAGCCUACAGACCGCUACAAAAGAAGACUGCAUCCCAAAGGCAUUACUCGUCUUCCGGUACCUGGGAUUCCUGGAGUCUGGCCAAUGGAAGCAAGGAUAACAGAUGUCCCAGCCAGUUCCCUGUGGUAGAUUCCCAGCAGUAUUCCUAUGUUAACGAGCUCGGAUCAGAGCAGUGGAGCUUACAGGAGGCAGAGCCUGUUCCAGUCCAUAGGCUGCAUCUUUCGCAGAAACCAUGGGAUUCCCAGACUCUGGGGGUGGGGAUCAGAUCUACAGAGAGAGCCGCCUCUGAGUCUCAGACUUCCUUUGAUGUCUUAAAAAGCAUCUGGAGUCCCAAUGUUCCGCGAGCCCUGGGCUGUCCCUUUCUAGCUCAGCCAUCCUCUUUAAGGGAGCCAAACUCAUACCGAGAUGACUUUUUCCAGCUGUACAACGUCAGCCCUGAGCAGAAUUGCUGCUUACACAGGCAAAACCCUCAGUCAAAAUUACAUGUGCCUGGCAGACACCCCCUGAAUGGACAUUGGGUGUUCUCUGGACCGGCAAAGCCAAAAACCCACCAUCAGAAAGCUGCUUUAGAACCAGGUAGAAUCUCAAACAGUUACCCAUUCUGGGGACCAUCGGAGGCUUCCAUGAGAAUGCAGGGAACCACGGAGAAAGGCUGCUCCAGUUCCAGGAUCCAGGCUUGCGGUUGGGAGAGGCUAAGCCAAAUGGAAGAAUUGCAGCAGUUGCGACUCUUCCAGCAGUUGCCGAUGUCAUAUUUCCCCCCAUCGGAGGUUCUAGAGAAUAAGCAGUCCCCGUUCCACACUCUGCAGGACCAUCUAUUGGGACAGUCCAGCCCUGAGCCCUGGUCCUUCCCACGCAUGAAGCUGUACUGAAACAGUGCAAGGAACUGCAUCCUGUAAUAGGAGAUAGUUCCAAAGAAUUGUUAGGUCUCUAAGAGUUGGACAGCCAAGGAUAUAAUUUGCUUUUACCUAAACCACUCGCCUUUACCUUAACCAUAACUCUUUCUUCUUUUUCCUCUCCCUCUCGCUUAAUUCUAUCAUUUCUAUCCACCCUUUUAAAGCAGUUUUCUUUGGUCCAUUCAUACAUGGCUGAGCGUCCCCUAUGAAAAAUAUUUCUCUUUUCCUGAUGGAGUCAGCGCUUGGCAAGCAGAAGGCGUGGGCUGGCUGUCUCUUAGUACUCACAGUGCUUUUACCUUGAUAGUAUCACCUCACUCCAUUAAAUUGCUACGUUUCACAAACAUA